AUAACUGGCGGGGUAAUUCACGUGUAUAAAGCGCCGGGCAGACCUUAUCAAACACCGGGGUUGACAAUCCUUCAUUAACUAUGGUGGGUUUAUUAUCGACUCCUAAUGACCUUCACCCGUCUCUGACCCCACGAACUCUGACCUCGCGCUGGCGCUACGGAAGCUGGACUAGCCUCUAGGCCUCCCCAAAUCUCGCAGGACCCGUUGUAAAAUAGGCAUCGAAAAUGCAAUGGCUUAGGACCAAAUAACUCUUCAAGGGUCUUUGUUCUUCGGGUCAGCUCAGGGUUAGAGAGACUCCCAGGGGCAAGGACCUAAACCCCUGGGCGGUGGGCAGGGCGGGGAGCCCAGCUAGGGCGGGGCCCCGGGUGUAUCAGGGGUUCAGUGGCUCAGGGUGUAGCCACUCUAAGCGGGACAUUUUUUUGUGUGUGUUUAGACUUGAGUUUUUGUAGUGUUGCGGCGCAGUAGUGGGCGUACACGGUGUGGCAGCGGCUGCUUCAUGGUAAUUAUAACCACGUAAGGAGCAAAGUGCACGCUAUAUAAGACUCUGGGGAGACCUUUCUUUUUCUCUCACUUUAUAAGGAAGAAUUAAGAGGCUCCUCCCUGCAUGUAGCUUGUGGGUGGACUGGUUAGCUUGUAUUGAAAACCCGCAUCUUGUGAUUUUUUUCCCCUCUGAGAAAUAAGUUAGCGACCUUGUGAGUGUACAUUUGUUAUUCUUCUAGCUGAAACAGUGUUCAUUAUACAGUGUGAUCUUAGUAACUGAAACAGGGAAGGUAAAUUAUAUAGUGUGAUCCCUCUGAAAACCGAACAUUGUAAGCGUGUUCUCUUUAAGUGAAGAACAGUGAACAUUGGAGAGUGGUCCCUUUAAAGGAAGUGAGUGUAUAUUGCACAGUGCGAUCCCUCUAAGUGAAACACCGAGAGUACAUUGUAGUGUGUUUUUCAUUAAGAAAACUGUAGUGAUGUGGAUAAAUGGUUCAGAAAUCCAACAAGAGUGAUGGACUGGACACAUCUACUCCAGGCAGAAGGACUGAAAACUCCCCAUCUUCCACAUUUCUCUACAUUGGACUGAAGAAGCCACUGGCUGGCGAGACGUUUCCAGAAUAAAGAUACCCAAAUGUUGCACAAGUGUAUCAUUUGUCAAGUUACGAUGUUAAUAACAGUGUCCGUGUGUUAUAAAAGUUGUUGUUAUGCUGGAGUUUUUUCUUCCCUACAAGUGACACGGUCAUGUUUGUGACUGACGAAGCUUCGCUUUAGAAAGUACGAGUCUGUCGUCGCCACGCAGGUGUUUGCUGUGUUGGUGCAAGACUACAUAGGCGUUUGUUUAUAGUUGAAGGACUACACAGCGUGUUGGCGUGAGCGAGGAGGGGGGGAGCGUGCCCCCGGUGCUGCUGAGGGUGCCAACCCCGGUCAAGCGACCAGCCAUGCAUCCUAACAUGACGUCCAAGGAGGCGGAGGUGCCCCCUGAACAGGUAGAACCAGUCGAUCUGAGUGUGAGGACGACGAAGAUGUCGGUGAAGAGUCACGACGGGCACACGCCUCUCAAAGGCCUUAAGGAACACAAUACUGGAGUCGUCCUCAAAGUGCCAACCUUCCCCUCCUUCGCUCUACAUUCCCUCGGCGUCGACCUCUCCCUUAAAGCAGAGAGUGACUCUCCGCCCAGUCCAGAUGCCUACGGUGUGAGUCUAGACGCCCUCAGGACCGGCUCCACCACCCUCCUCUCAAUCCGUAAAAUCAGAGAGGCGUCACUAGCGUUGUGUGGGAAGCGGUCACUGAGCGAGUCUCCGUCACCGCCUCCAGUCUCCUCCCCGCCCGCCGCCCAUCUCUCAUCAGGGGUAUCAGUCUCCAUCUCCUCCUCCGCUGCCGUCGCUGCGGCCGCCUCUCUACUCUCACCAUCUUCACACUCGCUCAUCUCUUCCUCCUCGUCAUCCUCUUCGUCUCCUCCCUCGCCUCCGGCGGGGGCGCGGCCCCCUGGGCGGCCACCACCUCCACCUGCUGACUACACUGACGCCCUCAGACGGCGCAAGGUGCACAAAUGCGAUUUUGAGGGUUGUGAGAAAGUGUAUACCAAGAGUUCACACCUCAAGGCACACAAACGCACACACACAG